AUGAACGGUGACACUGAGUCAUUCCAGAACCUAUGGCCGCGUCUAGCUUCCCGGUUUGGGUGCAAAAUCCCGGAUCCCAUGUUCCCCAAUGGCGGGGUUCCUCAUACCAAGGGAUUCAAGAACUACGAGUCAUCUACUAUACAGUUACGAAACAAACCCCCUCUGAAAGCGUCAGCAUCGGCAUUGGGCAUCUCCUCCGAUCCUGCGGCUGAGAAUUCCCCAACGCUGUUCCUUCAAGUGGACCCUGAAAAAUGGGCGAAGCGAGAAGACGUCAACAAUGCAUGGUGCAAGCUCCGUGAUAUGUAUAGGUUGGAUCAAAAAGCAUGGGAUAAGGCAACAUGGGAUUUCUUAGUCAUGACCCUUGGUCGUGAUUGGAACUGCGUGGGAAGUAUGAGCAAGGCAAGAAAGCUAGGAUGGACGGGGUAUGCAGAUACCUGGGAUGAGUUGGAAAAGACUUUUGAAACAUUGGAGGAUCAGGGCGUUUUGCCACCUCUGGAUCGUUUGAAGCAUGACUUUUAG